AUGUCCAUCAUGCUCAAGCACUCUCUGGUGCCUCCAGAAAUCUCGGUCGUCACAGGACUUGAGUAUGGAUUUAUCCUCCUUCUCCUCACAGUCGCGGGCAUCUGUUGGACUUACCGUAACAAGGGCGUCUGGGCAUCAUCCUCGGCCAAUGCAAAAUGGAUUGCGAGUCCAAAGGGAAAGCCGUUCACAGGAAAUCUGAACGAUCUCCGAACAAAUGGCGCCGCCAGCUGCGAGGCCUGGUACUCUUUGUACAAGCGAUACGGACCUGCCUACGAAAUGACAGUUCCGUUCUUUCGCAUGCAUAUCAUCAACCAUCCCACUUAUCUCGAGCAUAUUCAGAAGCAUAACAGCAAGAACUACAUCCGCGGCAAAUUUGCCAGGAACAUGUUUGGUCCGCUUCAUCGAAGUGGGAUUUUUGUUGCGGAUGGCAUGGAAUGGCAAACGCAACGCAAAGCUGCCUCUCGUGCAUUCAGCAAGCGCAACUUCGAGACACAUAUCACUCAAUCCGUUCAUUAUUGGCUGGAUAUCUUUACCCGCCUCCUCUCUAACCUGGCGAAGGAGCAAAGAGAGUUUGACUUCCAGGAACUGAUGGGCCGUCUCAUGUUCUGCCUCUUUCUGCGAAUUGCCUUUCACGAGGAUAAGCUCGCUUUGGACAUCAUGUCUGAUGAUCCGAAGUGCCUGGAAUCAAAACCAGCUUUUGUCGAGGCAUUUGAUCAAGCUACUCAUUUAUUUGACCGGAGAAGACGAGACCCUCUAUGGAGAAUAACCGAGAAGCUCUCUGGAGAAGAUGCCAUCACCAAAAGAGCUGUGGAUCUCUUUUAUCAACAGAUUGAUUUUCUGAUCGAGAAGCGUCUCAACUUAAUGAAAAAUGGCUACAAACCCAACCCAGACGCUGGUGUUGACCUCCUUGACCUAUUUUUGCAAUCGACAACUGAUAAAUAUACUCUGGGUGGAAUGGUGUUUUCGUUUCUGUCAGCGGGUCGGGAUACAACGACCUACAAUACCUCUUGGUUCAUGAAGGAGAUUCACCAUCGGCAAAACAAACAUCUCAAUGCUUUGGAGAAGAUCCGUGCUGAGGCAGAGGACCUUGGCUUCACCAGUGGCCACCUCAACUACACGGAUGCGCCGAGAUUACGGUUCACGAAUGCUAUGUGGGAUGAAUGCACUCGACUCAACACUGUUUCUCCAGCUGGCCAGUUGGAGGCGGCCGAGGAUGACAUUCUACCCGCGGUCCCUGAGCUCAAUAUGCCUCCCCGUCGCAUUAAGAAAGGUGAUGUUGUCAGCUAUCAGAACUAUGUUAUGGCCCGCAUGCCUGAAAUCUGGGGAGAGGACGCUGCGGUUUUCAACCCAUACCGGUGGCUCAAGGAGAACGGGGAAAGCAUCUCAUACAGUCCAUUCAAAUAUCACGCUUGGAAUGCUGGGCCGCGCAGUUGCCUCGGACGGCCACUGGCUACGUAUGAGGGCAUCACUAUUACAGUGGCAAUCCUUCAACGCUUUGACAUCAUUCUCUCAGACGACAGCAGAAUGUAUAAACCACUUGCUGCCAUGAACAUGGUGAUUCUACUAUCAAAUGCGCAUGCUCACGACAUCUCAGUUCUCCCGGUGCGAAGACGCAGAGGCCGGCCUCCGAAAAGGCCGAGACAUAAUGUUGGAAAUGGUGAUCUGUCUGCAGCAGCGGCGACCACAGAUAAUUACGGCUUUGAUUUGCCAUACUCAGUCAGCAAAGAAAGCCAGUCUUCGUGGCCGUCACUGAUGGGGUCGUUUGAGCCCGUGGCGGGAAGCAGAGAAGAAGCUACUACGACGCCCAGUUCUCGAGGGAGUCAUGGCCACCGACAAAUACCAAGCUAUGACCAGCAAAUGGCCAGUCAAACACUAGCGACCUUUCCGUUGAGAAAUACAUCAGAUGCAAUACGACUUUUGGACCAAGAUCGAACAUCCUUCGGCUCCGAACAAUCUGACAAUGUGGAUGUGCUGGGUGUCGGCACUUCCAGGCCACAGUUUUUCCUGCUUCGAGAGGGCUUUAUAGACGAGUCAACCUUGUUCAGACUGUUCAACUUCUACCUUGGCUCGUUGCAUCCCAUGAUGCCGCUCAUUCCUUAUGAAAGGAGACCGACAACAUCAGAGCAAAUCCUCACAAUGGCAGCCCGAGAGCCACACUUUGUGGCGGCGAUUCUUGUAGUGACCACAGGUCUGCUGGGUGAAUACACUCUUCAUCACCAUUUGUGGCAGAGAGUGGAGAGGCUCUUUGCCCAAGUCGCCAUCAUGGGGACGAAUGAAUCGCUGGAGAUGAUCGAAGGAUUGUUACUACUUUCGGGUACAACGACCCUGGUUUCCAAAUCCAUCUCAGCAAGGGACAUGCUGAGAUAUUGUGCAGAAUACCCACCAAAUAUGGGCCACAGCAAAGGACUGGGGUUCGAAGAUCGAAUGUGCUGGAUGACAGUCGGCACUGCCGUCAGGCUAGGUUACCUACGGGGCCUCGAGCAGCUGGUCAUGCAACCGGACGAUAUUGAGGAGAAAUUUGUGGACGACCGCGGUAGAGGGAAGAUUGUAUGGACCUGUAAGGCAAUUCUGCGACCAGCCAUGAGUGCUCGCCCAGCUAAUCAGUCACAUCACUUCCAGAUUGCUAUUGUCUCGAUCGGCAAAUAUCAAUUCGUGUCGGAAAACCAUUUUGGCAUCGAAGUGCGUCCCGGGAUGACUAUUCAACAUCUCCACCUUGACCCUGCCGAUGACUUUCCCCAGAUGCGCGAAAUCGAGGGCGUCCAAGAUGAUCAUGCAGCAUACUUGCAGUGUCUCAUGCAUCUAACGCAGGUAUUGAGCAACGCUCACGACCUAUUAUACCCCUCGAAAAGCCACUCACUCGCCAUCGCGAAAUCGGAGCAUUACUACAAGCACAUUGACGAGUUUACAGAAAGACUGAUGGGCAGUGUGGACGCCCGCUUCAUCGUUGAGGCAAUGAAUGCAGGGGCUGAUGUGCUACGCUUGGCCAUAGGCAGGUUCCAGCCAUCUGGGGCUUUGGCAUAUCUUCCCUUGCGAUUCUUUCACUUCUUCACGCAUGCGGGCGUAUUCCUCCUCAAGGCAGCGGUGAUUGUCCCAUUACCACCGUCGCAGAAACGGGCGAUCCUUCACCUGAUCCGAGGCCUCAUCAAAUGUAUGUCGACGGUCUCGUCAGACCACAGACAUCCCGCCAUCCGCAAUUCGUCUGCUCUCGACGGGCUGUUGAAACGUAUAUACCGCGAUCAUGACAUCCAAACUCCAGUGGUCACCUGUCCGUCCUCACCCGGUGUUGCCCCAUCCGGUCCUGCGGCUAGCUCGACAGUUCCUGGUGUAACUACGAAGCUACGCCCCAGUGAAACUGACUUGCACACCUUUCUUGGGAAUCGUGAAUCUCCGUUUGUCGCAGAGCGGCCAUUGCAGGAGCUUGCGGCCGACAUCGACGCCAGCUUCGGCCAGGAAACGGACAGCCUGGACAUAACUCUGCCUUUGGGCAACGAAAGUGCCGCCCAUGGUCUACCUCCGCUUGUGCCUGCGUCAGAUAUAUUUACGUCGCUCUUCAACUAUGACGACAGGGAGUUUUGGGGAGCAUUCACUCCAACGACCUUGGAUUAA